AAAGUUUAUUUAUACUGAUUUAUAUGUUGUGAAUUUGUACAAGUUUGUUAAACAUAACAUAAAGGAUGUGUUAGUUUACGGUGUGUCGCUUUAAAGUGAAAUUGUUCUAAGUGAAUUUUUUCUAACGACUUGGAAAUUUUGAAAUGCGGCAGCAAUAUAACCUGAAAAAUACAUUUAAACUAACUUCAGCCUUCGAAUUAAACUAUGUCGACUAAAUCUUUAAUAGAAGAAUUCGUGUAUAGUUUAUUCAUGUAUUUCGAAUCAAGUGGGCAGGCGCCAGAGAGUACUGCUGAAUCAUCGACAAAUGUUCCCCCGGGUAUCCAUUUCGUUAUAGAAAAUGGUACCAUUAAACCAGUAACAAGACAAAAAGAUGCUUACCCAAUAGUGAAAGAUAAUUACGUCAUUGGUAUGAAGGACCGUGGUGUGAACCAAGCUUUAUGGCGUCAUGGAAAACUAAUUGGAGUGCACAUUUUGGACCACAAUUUUCGACCCCUUAGAUCAGGUGACAUGGAAGAUCUACAUAGCAACAACCAUACCUGGAAUAAUAAUAAAAAAGUCUGGAUUGUCAAUUCGCGAACUACACAAUAA